CUUUUCUGUAAAAAUGAGUAGAGGUCAUCUGUGGACGGAGGAGCAGUUUAACUGCCCCGUUUGCCUCGACUUGCCCACCGAGCCCGUGACGAUCCCGUGCGGUCACAGCUACUGCAUGCACUGCAUCACCGACUACUGGGACUCGGAGCGCAAAAAGAGCGGCGCGUGCAGCUGCCCCGAGUGCCGCCAGAACUUCGACCCUCGUCCUCAGCUCUGCCGUAACACCAUGCUGGCGGAAGCCGUGGAGCAGCUCCGCCGGGGCAACCUCAGCUCGACAGGGCGCGAGUCCAUCCGUAACGCGCGCCGUGCCGCCGCGUCUGCGUCCGAGCGGGGAGCGCGCGACCGCAAAGCCGCCGUGAGACAACUUCCUGCCUCGUGCGUGCCGUGUGACCGGUGCGUGGAGCCGAGAGCCGCCGUGAAAACCUGCCUGACGUGCAUGGCGUCGUUCUGCGAGAGUCACCUCAAGCCGCACGAGACGCAAGCCAAGCUGAAGAGCCACGAGCUCAUCGGGCCCACCGGAGACCUCACGCAGAAGAUCUGUCCCGAGCACAAGUACCUGCAAGAGUUCUACUGCCGCACGUGCCAGAUCUACAUCUGCUGGCUGUGCACGAGCAACCAGCACAAGGAGCACGAGAGCGUCUCCACGCAGGCGGAGCGCGCGGAGAAACAGAAAACCCUGUUGAUGGUUCAGGUGGAGAAUCUGCAGAAGCUGCAGGAGAGAGAGAAGGAAUUCAAAGACAUGAAGAAAGUCCUGGAGACCCUCAAGUGCUCGUUCGACACAGUGAGCGAGGAGACGGACACGGUGCUGUGUGAGCUUCAGCGCUCGGUGCAGCGUCUGGCGGACCUGAUCCAGCAGGUGAUGAGCUCCAGCGGGCAGGAGAAGAUCAGCGAGGCCCAGCAGCUGGUGGACAAACUGGAGAAGGAAAUCAGUCAGCUGAGGAAGAAAGACUCUGAUUUAAAGGAGCUGGUGACAUGUCAGGACAAUAUCUACUUUCUCAAGACGUAUCAGUGUCUUUGCUCUCCGGAGCUCAGUGAGCUCGGCGAUUUCACGGUCAAUCUGGACGCCUCGUUUGAUCCUGUACAAACCAUCGUUUCGGAUCUCAGGGAGAAAGUGGAGAACACGUGCAACCAAGAGCUGGACAAAAUUAACAAGACAGUGUUCAACACAGCGCCGUUCACAGUGACUGAGCGACAGAGCGGACAGAAGCCGGCCAUUUUAAAAUUGUUUUCUGGAAUCGGAGCCAAAACAUCAAGCAGUCGCACACAAGCAGGUCCCCCUCCACUGCCUUCUGUGAGUGUUCGAGGCCCAGUUGAUAGAGGGUCAAACUCCCCAAGACCGAGAGCGAGCUACAACAGAGAGGAGCGAGAACAAGCUAAUAAUCGGAGUGUGAGAUCUCUGACACCGAGAGAGACGCAGAGGAGAGAGGAGAGAGAGCAAGAGAGGGAGAUUCAAGACUCGGCAGUAUCUCAAAGCAGAAGCACAAAUGAUAACGUGGCUGACACUUGGAGUAUACGCUCUCUACGCCAGUCGACACAGAGGAGAGAAGACCAGGAGCAAGCUGAUAACUGGAGCUUAAGUUCUGUCAGGUCCAGAGGCAGACCGAGGAGAGACCAGAGAGAGACAGCUAAUGGGGAAGUGCAGAGUUCCCAGAGAGCACAGGAGACAGCGAUGACCAGACAGCAACCACAAAGGCAAUCUGAUAGCUGGAGCUUAGGUUCCAUCAGGUCGAUCAGAGGCAGAGAGAAGAGAGACGAGAGAGAGACAGCUAAUGCGGAUGUCCCGAGCUCACCCAGGACACAGCAGACGGCGGCGACCAGACAGCAGCCCGAACGACAAUCCGAUCGCUGGAGUCUGAGCUCACUGUUACCAAGGAACCGGAGGAAGAGACAAGAGUCAGUGAAACAGGCCUCACCUAUACAACAGGAAGUAGAGUCUCUGAAGGAUCAGUGGGGAAACCAGAUUGAAGUAAACCCUGGACUUUUCCUGGACUCUCCUCCCGCAGACUCCUCCAUUAUCCCUGCCUUUUCAUUGAGAGAGAUCGAUAUCGACAGCAUCCAGGCUCCCGAGCCGAGGAGCAGAGACGAGUUCCUGCAGUAUGCCUGCGAGCUGACCUUUGACCCCAACACGGCUCACCGGCGAUUAGUUCUCAGUGAAGAUGCCACCAAAGCGACACUGCACACCGCCACCCAAUCGUACCCCGACCUCCCUGAGCGAUUUGACAGCUGGACGCAGAUUCUCAGCCUCCAGCCACUCAGCUCUGGCCGCUGUUACUGGGAGGUGGAGUGGCGUGGGCGGGGCUCUUCAGUGGGUGUAGCCAGUACCUCUAUGCCCCGUAAAGGUGCGGACGCAAGGGCAGGGCUUGGCUACAAUGGCCAAUCAUGGAGUUUGGAGUUGUCAGACAUGUGCUGCGCUGCUAUGCACAACAACCAGAAGCAGGAGAUCUCAGUGACGUACUGCCCCCGAGUGGGCGUGUUCCUGAACCAGGAGGAGGAGUCUCUGACCUUCUAUGGUGUUGAUGAUGUGCUCGUGCACCUACACACGUUCCACGGUGUCUCGUCCAGUCGGCCGCUGUUUGCCGCUUUUGGAGUUGGGAGCGGCGUCGGAGUCGGCCUCAACUUCGCCAACGGAAACUUCAGCGCGUCUACAGACAGCGUUAAAAUCUGCUCCCUCUAACCCAGAUCAUUCCAUAACCUUUUCUCCAGAUUACUGAUAUGAUUUGGAAAGAUAUAGUGAAGUAUCACGCAGUCCUCAUACUCGUGUGCCAGAAUGCCAUUUUAAAAAUUCAAUAUUCUUAAGCACUAAAUGUUUUUUUGCUGUUUGCUGAGUUUAGAUUAGCAUUAGUGCCUUCAUGUAUCACGUAUCAAUCAGAGUAAUUCUAGCCAAUCACGGUCUUAGGGCGUUUUCAGACCUGUAGCUUUGCUCCGAAACUGUUACAAAUUCUUACAUUGUCGCAUUUUCUCCUUGGCUGGUUCGCUUUCACAAGGCAACGUUUCAAAGCGUAUCGAAACGUGUUCAUGCGAGUCACACGUGAGGAAUCUGUCCUCUCAUUGGUCAGAGUGCGCCUGUUUAUCUUCCGGUGUUCCGGUCAUAGCAGUCAUCCAUCAAGACGGAUAGACAGCAGCUCCGCGAGCAUAUUAUGGCUUUCUUUUUAGCUGUAGUUAUUAUAAUUGAUCUAAUCGACAUGUUCCAUGGAGCGAUUAAAGUGCUUGAGACUCUCGCGAAACACCUUGUAAACUUUUACGCGUUUUUGAAAGUUGUCAGAAAUGUGUUCGUUAGAUCAAAUUUCAACGAGGCGUUUUAGCUUGGUCCAAGUAAAACAGUGAUUCGUGUUCCAAACGAGCCGGGUGUGAAAACACCGUUAGAAGUCUUAGCUCAUGGAUCUUAGCUCGACUUUGGUCAAUAUAUCAAGCGGAGAACAAUACAAGUGGUGCUACCGUACAAGAUUUAUAAUUGAGUUCUCGAGAAGCAAAGUGCGCAGAGUAGAGGUGUAAGGUUUUUUUCCUUUGUUUGUUUUUUUUUAAUGUGGGGUCGGCGUUUUAGCGGUUAGCUACGUGCUGACAGAAGAGAUGGGUCUUUAGCUGUUUUUUGAAGAUAGUGACAGAUUCUGUGGUCCAGAUUGAGGUUGGAAGGGACCACUACGGGACAGUUAGUGUGAACGUUCUGGAAAAGGACCUCGAACCACGCCGAGUAGGCACUACUAAGCGUCGGUCGUUAACCGACCGCAGAUUGCGUGAGGGAACGUAAGCCUUCCGGAGAGAGUUGAGGUAAGGGGGCGCUGUUCCAGACAAGAUCUUGUACGUGAGCAUCGAGGCCUUGAAUUCGAUACGGGCGGCUACAGGAAUCCAGUGGAGGGAGAUGAAGAGGGGUGUGACAUGGGUCCUUUUGGGUUACGUAAGAAGAAAAUGAACUCUCUCGUCCUAUGAACGUUUGAAAAGAAUGAACUGGCUUCAGAUAUCUGCUCAGAGAGACUCGGUUUCAUUAUACAUCAUAACUUCUAGCACUGUUUACUCAGGAGGAUUGUUAACUCACAAGGUUUGUAGUUUAGAGUUAGCUGUUGUAUUUAUUAGCAAUACAGAUAGCUAGCGUUUUCAAUCAGCCACUGUUGAUUCAGCACGGAAAACUUCCGUCCAGACAGCGAACACCACAACAUCAGAGUUCUGUUUCACUCAGACCUUCAGCUAGGUAAAGGCUUUUCUUUUCCUCAUUCUUUUUCUGUCUGGUUCUCAGUUGAAUAUCCUGUACUCAGUUUCUUUCCAUCAACUUGUUUUUCCUCAGAAACUCCUUUUGUUUUAUGCUCCUGCUUCUAAUUUUGCUUCAUUUCCGAGCUUCAUGUAGGCUAUGUAUAAAUACAUAACUGGAGCUCAAAUGCUAUUUAAAUAAACGAUAAAUAAACCGUGUGAACAGUCGUGUC